GGCAUAGGUUGAUUCAUGCCACGUGACUAGUUCUUUGUGCUUCCUCUCCCGACACGUCUCCCCUUCAACAUGGCUGCACGAGGUGUCAGUCUGGUACUGCUUUUGGCCUUGAUUGGCUUAAGCCAGAGUUUAUCAGCAUCCUCAGUACUUAGCUUGCAAGACCAAACCAAGUUACGGAAAAUCUUCCAAGAUGCUUCUCCCUUCACUGACUUAGAAACUGCUGAUUAUGCUGUAAAAGGACUAAAAUUCUUUAAGUCUGAAAUACCAACUACACAGGAUUUAUGCAAGUUUGUCAAGGAAAAAGUUGACAUAAAUGAUAUCAAGUCCAUCUACCAUGCAUCAUCUGUCAGCAAAACUCUUGGAAACUGCAAUCUUGCUCUGAAUGAUGCAGAGAAGAAGCUGAAUGAGGCAAUUGUUGAAGGUGCAAAAGCCAGUACAAUCUUCUAUGCAGUGUCUUCCCUGAAGAAUCUUGGAAUGAAAGUUGACAGCAAUGCUGUAAUCAAAGCAAUCCGUGCUGCGGCAAGCUCAGAAGAAGAUAGCGUCAUGAGCUCAGUCCAUUCCCUUAACACAGCCAUCUUGUUGCCCAAAGAAACUGAUGUCGGCUUUAUUGUAGACAUGGUUGAGGAUGUGGUUGCCCAAGCUGACGAAAUAGAUAAUACUUAUUUACAGUUCGAAGGUGGUCUAGUUCCUACAGCAGAGGUGAUAGCUGCUUCCUAUAAGCUUGGYGAGCACUUGAAAAAGAAGCCAUCAAUCCAAGAGGAACAAGUCAUCAAAUUUGCCAACUACUUAUUGACCAGGAAACAUGUCCAGUCAGUCAAGGAUACCUUCUUCCUUUUGAGGGCUCUCAAUAUUCUUUCUAAUAAUGAUUUCCAUGUACCAGUGGUAGUGCAGCUCUAUGGCACCCCUCUUAUUUCUGCUGAUAAUAAAAUCUUCAAGGUUAGAGUGACCAACGUCAUGGACAAGGCUUUGGGUAAGAUGAGUGUAACAGCAGUAUCAGCUACUGACUCUGAGGGAACAACAGUUCUUAGCAACAAGGAAUUCAAAGCUGGUGCUGAUGAUGAUUUCAUAGUAAUCACCUCAGAGCUUGGGAAGGGAUAUUAUGCUGCCCAUAGUUAUGAUUUGGAUUUCAUGGCCUCCAAGCCCAGCCCAGGUGUGUACACGGUAACAGUCAACGUCAAACCACAGAAAGAAGACAAGCGCUUGAUUGGUACUUCUGGUGCCCAGCUCAAGGUGAAAGUAGUAACCAAGGUUACCAUGGGAAAAGUAGACUUGUCUCUUGUCGACAAAGAACAUUCUCACACUGUCAAAUCCUUGAGCACCAACUACCCAAACAAGUUUGAUAAGACCAUUGAAGCUGACUUCCACCAGAAAAUAGUCAUGAAAUUUGCCAUCAAGAGUGAGGCUGGACAGCUUCUAACCCCACACCAGGCCUUUGUUAGACUGACAAACCAGAAGACCAAACAAGAAAUUUUCUUCGUUCCUGAACCAGACUCAAGCAAAAUGUACAAAUUUGAUCUGGAUCUUGGUGCUACUGCUAAAGACUCUUUUGCCUACAGAUCUGGAAAGUAUGAUAUGGAUAUUGUUAUUGGUGAUGCAGUCAUCCAGAACCCCUUUGAGUGGUCAGCUUGUCUUCUUUCAUUGACAUUUGGAGAACAGCCACCAAAAGCCAAGAAAGAGAAACAAACAAUGUACUCAACCAAACCACAAAUAGAUCAUCAGUUCCGUGUACCAGAGAAGCGUCCUCCCCAGACUGUAUCCACAGCAUUCACUGUACUCGUCUUCGUACCCCUUCUCAUCAUGUUUGUCGUGUGGUUUAAAAUUGGGGCCAAUAUCUCAAACUUUGGAUUUUCUCUCAGCACUAUCGUGUUCCACAUUGGUCUAGGAGCUAUUUUCGCAUUGUAUUACUACUUCUGGAUUAAACUGGACAUGUUCACUACACUUAAAGUGCUUGCUGUAAUCGGUGGAAUAACCUUCCUUGCUGCCAACAGUCUACUGAGUGGCAUAGCUGCUCGUAGGGCCAAGCGUUAGACGUGUAGAGGAACUACAACAAUAAUACUACACAGUAGCUAUGCAAUUUUUAUGACUUUGUUGUUCCAUUAAUAAGAUAAAUAAAAUUCUUUUACAUUGUU